GCCGCUGAGAAGCUGUGCGGCACCCAUCCUGUCCGAACCUCCACUCCGAGCGGCUGGACGGAGCGGCGAGCCGACAGACUGCACUUCAUCCCGGGGAGGAGAAUCAGCGACACGCCGCCGAGUGGAGCGGGACCGACACGGACACACAGCUUACCUGCUGCUGAAAACAAGCCACCAUGACGGACGCAGACAAGUUCCUGUACGGGGACCGGAGCGGCAUCAACGACCCGCUGGCCCAGGCCGACUGGGCCUCCAAGAAGCUGGUGUGGGUCCCCAGCGAGAAGCAGGGAUAUGAGGCCGGGUCGCUGAAGGAGGAGAAGGGCGACGAGUGCGUGGUGGAGCUGUCCGACUCCGGCAAGAAGGUGAAAGUGAACAAGGACGACAUCCAGAAAAUGAAUCCGCCCAAGUUCAGCAAGGUGGAGGACAUGGCGGAGCUCACCUGCCUGAACGAGGCCUCCGUCCUGCACAACCUCAAGGAGAGAUACUACUCCGGACUCAUCUACACAUACUCGGGUCUCUUCUGUGUGGUGAUCAACCCGUACAAGAACCUGCCCAUCUACAGCGAGGAGAUCGUCAACAUGUACAAGGGCAAGAAGAGGCACGAGAUGCCGCCGCACAUCUACGCCAUCACCGACACGGCCUACCGGAGCAUGAUGCAGGAUCGAGAGGAUCAGUCCAUCCUUUGCACUGGCGAGUCGGGAGCUGGGAAAACGGAGAAUACAAAGAAGGUCAUUCAGUAUCUUGCUCAUGUCGCUUCAUCCUCAAAGUUCAAGAAGGACCAGGGGGAGCUGGAGAAGCAGCUGCUGCAGGCCAACCCCAUCCUGGAGGCCUUUGGCAACGCCAAGACCGUCAAGAACGACAACUCCUCUAGAUUCGGAAAAUUCAUCAGAAUCAACUUCGACGUCAAUGGCUACAUCGUUGGAGCCAACAUAGAAACUUAUCUGCUGGAGAAGUCUCGAGCCAUCAGACAAGCUAAAGAGGAGAGGACCUUCCACAUCUUCUACUACAUGCUGACGGGAGCCGGAGACAAAAUGCGAUCUGAUUUGUGUCUGGAGGAUUACAGCAAGUACCGUUUCCUGUCCAACGGAAAAGUGACCGUCCCGGGGCAGACGGACAAGGAAAUGUUGGCCGAAACCAUGGAGGCCUUCAACAUCAUGAGCAUCCCUGAAGAGGAAAUUAAUGGUAUGCUGAAGGUGAUUUCCGCCGUGCUGCAGCUGGGGAACAUGGUGUUCAAGAAGGAGCGAAACUCGGACCAGGCGUCCAUGCCUGACGACACCGCUGCCCAGAAAGUCUGCCACCUACUGGGCAUCAACGUGACCGACUUCACCAGAGCCAUCUUGUCUCCCAGAAUCAAGGUCGGUAGGGAUUAUGUGCAGAAGGCCCAGACCCAGGAGCAGGCAGAGUUCGCCGUUGAGGCGCUGGCCAAAGCUUCGUAUGAGAGGAUGUUCCGCUGGCUGGUGAUCAGGAUCAACAAGGCUUUGGACAAGACGAAGAGGCAGGGAGCGUCCUUCAUCGGCAUCCUGGACAUCGCUGGAUUUGAGAUCUUUGAACUGAACUCCUUCGAGCAGCUCUGCAUCAACUACACCAACGAGAAGCUGCAGCAGCUCUUCAACCACACCAUGUUCAUCCUGGAGCAGGAGGAGUACCAGAGGGAGGGCAUCGAGUGGAGCUUCAUCGACUUCGGCCUGGACCUGCAGCCCUGCAUUGACCUCAUAGAAAAACCUAAUGGUCCUCCAGGUGUUCUGGCCCUGCUGGACGAAGAGUGCUGGUUCCCUAAAGCCACCGACAAGUCGUUUGUGGAGAAGCUGGCUCAGGAGCAGGGAUCUAAUCCGAAGUUUGUUAAACCCAAGAAACUCAAAGAUGAUGCAGAUUUCUGCAUUAUUCACUACGCAGGAAAGGUGGAUUACAAGGCAAACGAAUGGUUGAUGAAAAACAUGGACCCCCUGAAUGAGUGUGUGGCCACCCUGCUAAACCAGUCCACUGACAAGUUUAUUGGGGACCUCUGGAGAGACGUGGACCGCAUCGUUGGCCUGGAUAAGGUUGCAGGAAUGUCCGACUCGGGACCCUUUAAGACGCGUAAAGGCAUGUUCCGCACGGUGGGCCAGCUGUACAAGGAGCAGCUGGGGAACCUCAUGACCACGCUCAGGAACACCAACCCCAACUUUGUGCGCUGCAUCAUCCCCAACCACGAGAAGAAGGCUGGUAAACUGGACUCUCACCUGGUUCUGGACCAGCUGAGUUGUAACGGAGUCUUGGAGGGAAUUCGUAUCUGCAGACAGGGCUUCCCCAACCGGAUCGUCUUCCAGGAGUUCAGACAGAGGUAUGAAAUCCUCACUCCAAAUGCCAUCCCAAAGGGUUUCAUGGAUGGAAAGCAAGCCUGCGUGCUCAUGAUUAAAGCCUUGGAGCUGGACCCCAACCUGUACCGAAUCGGCCAAAGUAAAGUGUUCUUCCGAGCUGGAGUCUUGGCUCACCUGGAGGAGGAGAGAGACAUGAAGAUCACUGAUGUGAUCAUGAGUUUCCAGGCCUGGUGCAGAGGAUAUGUAGCCCGAAAAGCCUUCGCUAAGCGACAGCAGCAGCUCACUGCCAUGAAAGUCAUCCAGCGAAACUGUGCAGCUUACCUCAAACUCAGGAACUGGCAGUGGUGGAGGCUUUUCACCAAGGUGAAGCCUCUGCUGCAAGUGUCUCGGCAGGAGGAGGAGAUGCUGGCUAAGGAAGAGGAGCUGCUCAAGGUGAAGGAGAAACAAAUCCAAGUUGAGGAGCAGCUCAAAGAAUUUGAGGCGAAGCAGCAACAGCUGAGUGCAGAGAAGCAGGCCCUGCAGGAGCAGCUGCAGGCAGAGACGGAGCUGUGCGCCGAGGCUGAAGAGAUGAGAGCCCGUCUGGCCACCAGGAAGCAGGAGCUGGAGGAGAUCCUGCACGACAUGGAGUCCCGGCUGGAGGAGGAGGAGGAGAGGGUCGUGCAGAUGCAAACGGAGAAGAAGAAGAUGCAGCAGAACAUCACGGAGUUGGAGCAGCAGCUGGAUGAGGAAGAGGCAGCCAGGCAGAAGCUCCAGAUGGAGAAAGUCACCACAGACGCCAAACUGAAGAAAAUGGAGGAAGACGUCAUUCUGCUGGACGACCAGAACAGCAAGCUCAACAAGGAAAAGAAACAGCUUGAGGAGAGGAUCUCUGAGUUUACCAUCAAUCUGGCUGAGGAGGAGGAGAAGUCCAAAAGCUUGCAGAAGCUCAAGAAUAAACACGAAACCAUGAUCACUGAUUUAGAAGAUCGUUUGAGGAAAGAGGAGAAAAUGCGCCAGGACCUGGAGAAAAACCGCCGUAAGCUUGAGGGAGACUCCACCGAGCUCCAUGACCAGAUCGCAGACCUGCAGGCCCAGAUCGCUGAGCUCCGGGCUCAGCUGGCGAAGAAGGAGGAGGAACUCCUGGCUGCCUUAGCCAGAAUCGAGGAGGAGGCUGCGGCAAAGAACACGGCCCAGAAGAAGAUCAGGGAGCUGGAGGCGCAGAUCUCCGAGCUGCAGGAGGACCUGGAGCUGGAGCGGCAGGCCCGAUCCAAGGCCGAGAAACAGCGCCGGGACCUGGGAGAGGAGCUGGAGGCGCUGAAGACGGAGCUGGAGGACACGCUGGACACCACGGCUGCUCACGUGGAGCUCAGGGCCAAGCGCGAGAGUGAAGUUGCUCAGCUGAAGAAGACUCUGGAGGACGAAGCAAAGACUCAUGAGCAGCAGAUGGCCGACAUGAGGCAAAAACACAACCAGGCGUUUGAAGAGCUUAACGAACAAUUGGAACAGGCCAAGAGGAACAAGAUGUCGAUGGAGAAAGCCAAGCAGGCCCUGGAGAGCGAGUGGAACGAGCUGCAGAUCGAGCUGAAGAAUCUGACCCAAAGCAAAGGCGACUCUGAACACCGACGCAAGAAGGCCGAGGCGCAGGUCCAGGAGCUGCAGAUCAAAUUUGGAGAAAGUCAGCGACAGAGGCAGGAGCUCGCCGAUAAGAUGACCAAGAUGCAGACUGAGCUGGACAGCGUCAACGGGCAUCUGAGUGCAGCUGAGGGCAAAAACAUCAAAUCCAGCAAAGACCUUUCUACUGUGGAGUCUCAGCUGAAGGACACUCAGGAGCUUCUCCAAGAGGAAACCCGACAGAAACUCUCCCUCACCUCCCGCCUGAAGCAGAUGGAGGACGAGCAGAAUAACCUGCGGGAGAUGCUGGAGGAAGAGGAGGAGAGCAAGAAGAAUGUGGAGAGGCAGGUCGCCUCUCUGCAGACCCAGCUGGCCGAGAUGAAGAAGAAGGUGGAACAUGAGGCCGUGUCGCUGGAGGGAGCUGAGGAAGGCCGCAAGAAGCUCCAGAGGGAGAUGGACAACAUCGUUCAGCAGCUGGAGGAGAAGACGUCCACCUACGACAAACUGGACAAGACGAAGACCCGUCUGCAGCAGGAGCUGGACGAUCUGCUGGUGGACCAGGACCAUCUGAGGCAGAUCGUCUCCAACCUGGAGAAGAAGCAGAAGAAGUUUGACCAGAUGUUGGCAGAGGAGAAGGCCAUCUCCACUCGGUACGCAGAGGAGCGCGACAAAGCCGAGGCGGAAGCCAGGGAGAAAGAGACGCGCGCGCUCAACCUGGCCCGCGAGCUCGAGACCAUGAUGGGCCUGAAGGACGAGCUGGACCGUGCCAACAAGCUGCUGAAAGCCGAAAUGGAGGACCUGGUCUCCUCUAAGGACGAUGUGGGCAAGAACGUCCAUGAGCUGGAGAAGUCGAAACGCGCCAUGGAGCAGCAGCUGGAGGAGAUGAAGCUUCAGCUGGAGGAGCUGGAGGACGAGCUGCAGCUCACAGAGGACGCCAAACUGCGUCUGGAGGUCAACAUGCAGGCCAUGAAGGCCCAGUUUGAACGAGACCUGCAGGGCAGAGACGAGCAGGGAGAGGAGAGGAGGAAGCAACUCGCCAAGCAGGUGCGUGAGAUGGAGGUGGAGCUGGAGGACGAACGCAGGCAGCGCACCCAGGCUCUCUCUGCCAAGAAGAAACUCGAGCUGGACCUGGCGGACCUGGAAGCUCAGAUCGACCAGGCGAACAAAGGACGCGAUGACGCUCUGAAGCAGCUGAAGAAGCUCCAGGCCCAGGUGAAAGAUCUGCUGAGGGAGUUGGAGGAACUCCGUCUGGCCAGAGACGAGGCCGUCAACCAGACCAAAGAGACUGAGAGGAAGCUGAAGGCCAUGGAAGCCGACGCCCUGCGCUUCCAGGAGGAGCUGGGAACAGCUGACCGACUGAAGAAGCAGCUUCAGACUGAGAGGGACGAACUCCAGGAUGAGGUCAACAGCAGCAACACAAAGAAUUCUUUGCUGACGGAUGAGAAGAGGAGGCUGGAAACUCGCAUUGCUCAGCUGGAGGAGGAACUGGAAGAAGAACAUCUGAACACCGAGAUGGUUAAUGAUCGUGUGAAGAGAAUGACGAUGCAGACCGAUCAGCUGACCACAGAGCUGACUUCGGAGCGCAGCAACUCCCAGCAGCUAGAGGGCGCUCGCUCCCAGCUCGACCGCCAGAACAAGGAGCUGAAGCAGAAGCUGCAGGAGCUGGAGGUCACCAUCAAGUCAAAGUACAAGUCCUCCAUCACCUCACUGGAGGCCAGGAUCGCUCAGCUGGAGGAGCAGCUGGAUGUGGAGUCCAAGGAGCGUCAGCAGGCCUCCAGGCUGGUCAGGAGGACGGAGAAGAAACUCAAGGAGGUGAUGUUGCAGGUUGAUGAUGAACGACGCAACACAGAUCAAUUCAAAGACCAGGUGGACAAGACGAACAGCCGGAUGCGUCAACUGAAGCGGCAGCUCGAGGAAACGGAGGAGGAGCUGACGAAGGCUAACGUUUACCGCAGGAAGCUGCAGAGGGACCUGGAAGAUGCCACGGAGUCGGCUGACCUGAUGAACCGCGAAGUCAGCACUCUGAAGAGCAAGCUCAGACGUGGAGAUUUGCCCUUCAACAUGCGGGUCGGUUUGACUCGCACCACUCACGACACAGACGACGACGUGGAAGCGUCAGCCGACGUUACCGAGCCUGCAGCCGAGUGAGCGGAGCCAGACGGCCAAAAGGGAAACAAAGCGAUGAAAUGUUAGCCUUACAUUUACCUUUUUACAUGCAACAGGCCAAAAUAUCUCUAAAAUUAUGCAGUAUAUUUUUAAUAAAAAGCUUCAGAUACUUUUCCUGCCUAUUUUUCUACUUAAAGUUUAUAUUGUACUGUUAAAACAUAGUUUUUGUAAAAUGUCACCACAAUUUCAAAAAUUUCUUUAUAUUAACGGUUAUAGCCACUCCAAAUUUCUACCUGUACUGUAGGUUUCUCCUCAGUCUAUCAUAAAAAUGACACAAUAAACGCACAUGAUUGGAAAAUGUUCAGGUUUCCAUUAGUUAAUUAAUUAUUGACAUAUUUUGUACUGUCAUCUGUCUGGAUGCUGUAUUGUCCAACUGUGUUGCUUAUUAGUUAAAGGUGAUGGGUUGUUUUAUUGCUUCACUGUAUUAUUUUCACAAUAACGGACUGCGUUUCUGCCAGUACUUUUGUCUCCUAAUUCAAACUUCAUGUUUUUGUGCAACGCCUUGCCACAGAAUUUUCAGAUGAGUUAUUAAUUUGCAUGUUACUGAUCCCGUGGUUGUAAGGCUAACCUGUUUUUAUGAACUGCCUUAAUGCAAUAAAGUAAGGAAUGCAUUCAUA